CCUUUCGUAUCCACGAUGAUCAGAAACACAAUCCUAGCACAUCCCUACGAAUGGCCAUUUGCCGGAUCAUUUUCGCCUGAGACAACGGCCCUCGUGGUUAUUGACAUGCAGAAUGACUUCUGCACAGAAGGCGGAUAUCUUUCUCACCAAGGGUAUGACAUCGCAUCUAUGCGUGCUCCGAUUCAGAACAUCGCUUCUCUCCUUGCCUCCUUCCGCCAGCACAAGUACCCGAUCUUCCAUACCCGCGAAGGCCACCGCCCUGAUCUCUCGUCCCUCCUACCGCGCGAGCUUGCUCGUUCUCGCAACAACCCUUCAGGUUCCGGAAUCGGUGAUCCAGGCCCUAUGGGUCGUCUUCUCAUCCGGGGUGAACCUGGGCAUGAUAUCAUUCCAGAGCUCUACCCGCUGGAAGGAGAGCCCAUCAUCGACAAGCCCGGCAAGUCUGCAUUUGCGUACACGGAUUUCGAGCUUUUGCUCAAAGUCAAGGGAAUAAAUCAUUUGAUUAUCUGUGGGGUCACGGAGGAGGUAUGUGUUGGCAGUACGGUUCGUGAAGCGACUGAGAGAGGGUACGACUGUCUGGUGGUGAAGAAUGCGGUUGGAGCGAGCGAGAAGGGUGGUUUUGGGAUAGGAUGCCUCGCGAUUGAAGGGGGUAUAUUCGGUGCU